CUCUUGUCUACAGCCAAGAGCUAAUGGCAGGGGACAGAGCCAAACAUUGUGAGCUGGACCAAGAGAAAUACGAUGCUCAUGACAACGUGAAGAUCAUCUGCCUGGGGGACAGUGCAGUGGGCAAGUCCAACGCCUGCCUGACGGGUAGAACCCGCCACCUGGAGAGCUGAAGAAAGGCUCUGCGGUCCUUUUUUGGCCUAUCUCCAUCAGCAUCCCACCUCUCACCCAUCCAGGGUGAGGUAGCGAGGGUGCAUGCCCAUUUCUGCCGUCAAAGCAUGAGGAGAGAGUUGUUCCAGUAAAUGUCUGGUUUAGUCUUCCACCCCGCCAGAUCCCAGUUCAGCUCACAUUCUACUUCAGACCCGGAGAGCUAUGAGGAGUCCCUAGAGGCCUUGCUGGUUUUAGGCCAGCUUCAUGAAUUCACAUUCGUUUCUCUACCUUAUGUUAAAGUUCUGCUGUUGUAUUUUACAAUUGCUUUAACCUCAACAAUAUCCCCUACAAUUAAGGUAAGAAUUUGGAAGAUUACCCAGUAAAUAGCAAUCCUUCGUCCACACUUGAAUUUAGAACUGACAUAGAAAACCAAAGUGGCAGGAAGGAAAGACCAGUUGUUGACUUAGCAACUGAUGGACCUUUAGGGAAAUGUGGGCUAGAGAGAAGCCUAAAGUCAGCAUUAGCUUAACUUAAAUAGUUUUUUAAAAAAUCUAAGUUGUUAACAGAACAUGGAAAGACUAACACAGUUCUGGCCUUUAAGACAUUUUAAUUUUAAAGACUAGUAGUUCCCAGCCCCUUUGAGACCUCAAGCAGAAAGAGAAACCAUGGUAGAGUCUGUGUCUAGAAGAAGGUUGGUGGGUGAGAAAACCUCAUUUUCCUUUCACUGUGACUCAAGAAUUCUCUGCCAGUUUUCAAUAUUUCUAGGUCCCAAGGCCCCCCGCCAGGUGAUUCUAGACUGCAUCAUGUUGACAUUUGAAAUUUAAUAAUCAUAGGAGCGUUAAAAUCUGUUUGUUUUUAUUUAAAACUUAAAUGCACUGUUAAAUAAAUCAUAUGUACAUAUAUAUGAUUUUAAUAUCUUUCUAGGAGAUGGGAGGUUUGUUGUUUUGUUGUUUCUUUAGAUUUACUGUAUUGUCUGAUUGGGAGCCAGUAGUUAUAAUACCAAGAAAAGUUUUCAAGGCUAUCCUGUGACUCCAAGAUGUAUACCAAACUAAGCUUGUUAGCUGUGUUCACAUCUAUGUGUUCAGAUGCAGUUCAGUGCACUGCUGAACAUUGAGAGAUACCCGUAGACUAUAGAUUCCCAAACUGCUGUGCCACAUCCUCUGUUCUGAUUAGUAGAGGCAUUAAGGUAAAUCAACUAGUGUUUCUGUUGGGGUUCUAUGCAGGUCAGGGAGAAACGAAAGAGUUCAAACCGGGUGGAACUCCUUACCUCCUACAGUCACCUUCCUGCUCAGGUGACAUCUAAGCAAAGCCUUAAGGAACAGCAGAGUCUUGAGAAAAUGACUACCGAUUGAAGAAUAGUCUUGGCCUCAGUUUCCCCUGCAGAGAUGGGUAACUCUGUGUGUAGCAGUAUGCGAGAUGGAAAUAAGGGGUCAGAGAGCCCCAUGCAGAUUGACCCAGAGAGUGGCACCAGGGGUUGGCUGUUUGGCCUUGGUAAUGGUGAUUCCCACGGUGCAGGCUGACUAGAAACUGACUGAAAAUUCAUAAGAGAUAGGAAGCCCCAGGUAGCUUCCAGGCUGUCAGGCCAGGGGUGAUAAAGUAGGGACAAGAAGUUAGAGAUGCUACGUGACCUGUGACCUCACACAUUUCCCUUACAGACUCAUGGAGAGGUUUCUCAUGGAUGGAUUGUAUCCUUAAAGACUUGAACUGUCCUUUGUCCCUGUGGCUUUUCCCACUCUCGUGCAUCUUAACCUCCAGUCCACUCCUUUAUACCCGCAGACCAGGAAAGAUCAGUGGUUUUCCUGCACACCAGCUCCUCACUGGUUGACCCAAACUACAUCAUAAAAUCCAGGCUGUUGCAUCUAGAGCUAACUUAUAGUGGGAUUUCUGCCAGGAAGACAGGAAGAAUAGCAGACAGCACUUAGUCUGUAUCAAAUGCCUGGAUGCCAAUCUUGCCUCCUCCUUAGUUCUGACCUUGGGUAAAUCAUCUCACCCCUUUCGUCGGAGCCUAAAAUGUCUUUGAUAGGAAUAAGCUUUAAAAAAAUGUGGGGUGUCGGCUUUUCCUUCAUACUGUGAACUGUUGCAUUGUACAGAUUUGGAGUAAGGAGCUGUAACUGAGAGCUUCUUAAAGUUCUCCAAGUGGAGCCCUGAGGGUUGCAUGCAAUCGUGCAAAACCUGUGACUCUCUCCCCUGGCCUUAGCCCCCAAAGGCUGAUAUCUCUCAAUCUGUACCAAACCCCACCUAAUUGCUUUAUCUUUGCUCAGUAAACUGCCCAGCAUAUUUCCGCUUCAAACGAUGCUGUUUUCCAGGUAUUUUGUUAGUGUUUUACACACAAGUGAACUUCAGUCUGUAGAUACUUUGUCAGCUGCCUGGCCUUUGAUGUUUACUGUGGGGCAGUCAUGAUGCUCUAGCCUAUAAGAACUCUGUCCACAAAAGACUCCAAGUGUCCACAGUUAUAUUUUCCUGCAUUGUGUUACCAUUUAAGACAGCUUUGCAAUAAAAUCCUGUUCCAUGUUACCUCACACUGAGGUACCCAGGCCCUUUCUUAAACCUUGUGUCACUAAAGUUGGGCCUGUCUGUCUGUAGAGUUCAUUCAACUUGAAAUUUAACUUCUUUUUAGGGAGGACAGAGUCAGAAAGAUAGCCACAAAUUUGAGACCACCCUGAGCUACAUUGGAAAAACUAUCUCAAUAAAAAGAGCACCAGGCAUGGUGGCCUGGGCCUUUAAUCCCAGCACUUGGGAGGCAGAGAGGCAGGCAGAUCUCUGUGAGUUUGAGGCCAGCCUGGUCUACAUAGUGAGUUAGUUCCAGGUCAGCCAGAGCUACCGAGUGAGACCUGUCUCAAAAAAUUAAGAAAAGCUAAGUAAGAAGGGGGCCCAUUCUGUCACACAAAUGUCCCCCUUCCCCAUUUCCUUAGCUCUUUUUAUUCACCAUUGCUCCUUAACCUGCAUCCAGUCAGCCACAGCAACUGUCCACAUAUGCUCUGACCCUGUAUAAGCACACGGCCACAGUAGACGGCAAGACCAUUCUUGUGGGUGAGCAGCAUGGGCCCCAGGCCACGCUGAGCAGGGGAUGGGGGUGGUAGGAAAGAGGCUCAUGGGAGAGUAAAGGAAGAAGAAAAAUGGGAAGUCAGAGAGCAUGAAUAGAGGUACACAGCACAUACAGUCUCGUAACACCCAGGCCAGGACGAGUGUGGAAAGCGGGAUUUAGAAAAGCAGACAUUGGAAGACCCUUGCUGCCAGAGGGAAGAGGAGCACAGAGGCCUUUGACAGGGGUUAGCAUUCAGCCAGUACCAAGAAACAACAUCUGUGUUGCUGGGCGGUGGUGGCGCACGCCUUUAAUCCCAGCACUCAGGAGGCAGAGGCAGGUGGAUCUCUGUGAGUUCCAGGCCAGCCUGGUCUACAGAGGGAGUUCCAGGGCAGGCUCCAAAGCUACAGAGAAACCCUGUUUCAAGAAAGAGAGAAAAAGAAAAAAAAAAGAAAUACAUCUGUGGCCUGACCACUUCUCAAAUGUAGAGAGAGCAUGACCUUCCUUAGGGUCACUAAGCCACCCCUGAAUGUCCACCGUCUGGGAAUUUCAGUUUUGAAGGGCCCCAUGUCUUCAGUGUGAGGACAAAGGGUACCUCCUUUCUCCCUCUGGGGCUGCUGUCUGCAUUGUCCUCCUUCUGAUUCCAUGUCUUCCUACACUACCAGUGCACACACACCUCUCCCAAUGCAUGCAUGUUUCUGCAUAGAGACCUGCAUGGAAAUGCCUGGGGCAUGUGGGGGGUCUCUGCCCUCCAACCCCCCAGCCUCAUUGGGCAGACAGAGUUGUGUUCAUGUUGCAGACUUCUGGGAUACAGCAGGCCAGGAGCGGUUCCAGAGCAUGCAUGCCUCCUACUACCACAAGGCUCACGCCUGCAUCAUGGUAUUUGAUGUCCAGAGGAAAAUCACUUAUAAGAACCUGGGUACCUGGUAUGCAGAACUUCGAGAGUUCAGGCCGGAGAUCCCAUGCAUCCUGGUGGCCAAUAAAAUUGAUGCAGACAUACAGAUGACUCAAAAGAACUUCAGUUUUGCCAAGAAGUUCUCCUUGCCUCUGUACUUUGUCUCCGCUGCUGAUGGAACCAACGUUGUGAAGCUCUUCAAUGAUGCCAUUCGAUUAGCUGUGGCUUACAAGGAAAGUUCCCAGGACUUCAUGGAUGAGGUUUUACAGGAGCUUGAGAACUUUAAGCUGGAACAGAAAGAGGAGGACGCAGCAGACAGAGAGCAGAGUGACGUGAUCAAGAGCCCAUCUCCUCCGUAAUCAAGAGGACACCCACACAUGGCUGAGCUGGGGUACUGGAAGCCAUUUGAAAUACCCAGUAUCUCUAGAGAACCUCUCCAGGCUGCCCUGCUCAGCUUCCUGCAAACCACUGUUCUGUGGUCCAUGAUGAGGUCAACACAAACACACUAGACAGGCAUGAUAUCCCACCACCUUCCUGCAGCAGGGUGAGGGAUCCGUGUCUUUGACAUCUCUCCACCCCACCAGCAGCCUGGCAGUGUAGAGUCAGUGAACACAUUCAUGUCUUCUUACUAGACACCUAAGUUUGUCAUCCUUCAUCCCAAAUUGACCUCAGGGACUCUCCUUGCACUCCUGCGGACAGGAUGUGUCCUGCAGAAUCUGUGACACCUCUGUCCGUUUUCCCUCUGAGUUUCCCAAACAACUUUUUCAACAUUAUUUUGGACAGACAACUGUUAAUUCCAGUUUUUUUUUUUUUUUUUUUUUUUGUGCUGUUUCAGGAGCAGGACUAUUGCAGUCACGUGACAGCAUGGCCAGUCUAGCCAUAUCUAGUCAUACACACACAUUACUGUUCCCCACCACAUGAACAACAGCUUUUAAAGCCUCCAUCUCAGGGCAGAGAGCACUCCUCCACUUAUCUAGAGCAGGUUAAACACUCAUCUUCUGUGGAUGGCAGGAAAUGGCAGAGAAAGAGCUGCCCUGCGUCCGCAGCUUGUUAGUUUGCUCUUAUGACUGUCUUGAG